UACUGUAAUUUAGGAUACUAAUGGGUAAAAUAUCUUCUAAACUGAACAAGGCUUUGUGAAAUCAAGUAAUUUAUAUUUAAUGAAAAUUGAAUAAUUGGGGUCUAGUAGCUACUAUCAUUGAUUUAUAAACGAAAACACUGGCAAGAUGAAUGUCCUACCAGCACAACCUACAGGCAUUCAGAGUACAGCGGGAGCAAUUCCGAUAAGAAAUGAAAAAGGUGAGAUCUCAAUGCAAAAGGUGAAAGUUCAGCGAUACAUAUCUGGAAAAAAGCCUGACUAUGCACAAGGAAUGUCAUCAUCUGAGGAAUCAGAUGAAGAAGAUUUUAUAGAGCAACAAAGACCUGAACGGAAACAAGUUUUACCUCAAAUAAUCACCCGCAAAGAAGAACAUCAUAGCGAUUCUGAGAAAGAGGUUGAUGAUCCUCGAUUACGACGUCUCCGUAAUAUUGCACAAUCACCGCCGCGUAGAGCCGAACACAAGCCUGAAAUUAUUGAUGCAGAACCUGAAGCAGAAUCUGAGAUCAGUGAUCAUGACGUGAGGGAUAGUUCCGAGAGUGAAGAUGAACUGGAUGAGGAAGAGAUUGAAAGACGCAGACAGGCUCUAAGAGCAAAACUUGCAGCCAGGGAAGCUGAAAAAGAAGUACUCGGUAGAGAUGAAGAUGAAGAAAUGUUGGAAGGUGACAAAGAGGAAAGCGGCUCAUCAGAUACAGAGUACACAGACAGUGAAGAAGAUACUGGGCCAAGGGUGAAACCAGUAUUUGUAAGAGCAUCGGAGCGUAUGACAGUGGCAGAGAGAGAACGUAAAAUGAAACAGCAGAAAAGAGAAGAGGCUGAAGCUCGAAAAGAAAAAGAAGAAAGGCGACGGGAAGCCCUUAAAUUAGUAGAGGAAACAAUUCGGUCUGAACAGCGGGGUGCUCAGGGAGAACAAAAAGAAGGGAAUAUAAAUGAUGUAUGUACAGAUGAUGAAAAUGACGAACUGGAAUAUGAAGCUUGGAAGUUGCGUGAAAUGAAACGUAUCAAACGAGAUAAAGAAGAAAGGGAAGCUGCCGAAAAAGAGAUGUUAACUCUCGAACGUUUACGCAACAUGACCGAAGAUGAGCGACGCCUCGAACAACGUAUCAAUCCAAAGGUUGUCACAAAUAAAGCAGUCAAAGGAAAAUACAAGUUUCUGCAGAAAUACUAUCACAGAGGUGCCUUUUAUCUGGAUAAAGAAGAAGAUGUUUUCAAACAGGACUUCUCGGGUCCUACGCUGGAUGAUCAUUUUGACAAGACAGUUUUACCAAAGGUUAUGCAAGUCAAGAAGUUUGGACGUUCCGGUCGUACGAAAUACACACAUUUGGUCGAUCAAGACACUACGGAGUUCGACUCCGCUUGGAGCAAUGAAACCUCAGCAGCCAGACUGACUAACUUCCGCGGGGGAAUGAAACAAGUAUUCGAGAAACCUUCGGCGAAGAGGAAGCACAAUGUUUGACACCUGUCAAACUUGUUAAGGGGACGUUGACCUUGUCAUCAGUAAGGCGUUUUAAUACGGUAGCUCUGGAUGCCAAUCAAUGUUGAUCAGGGAAGGCGUGAACUGUUUAGGCUGUCAUCGUUUUUAAUCACGUGAUUUCUGUGAUGUACCCGUUUAGUAAAGACGUUUUUUUGAUACGACCAACAUCGCAACUAAAAUAGGUGACCGACUCGUGACGUCACUAGGAAAAGUAUCAGAGUCUCACUUAUAACCGAAUCUUGUUUUCAAGCAUAUUCAAACUGAAUAAGCUAUUGUUAAUGAAAUUGAAUUAACUUAAACCAAUUGUUUUACGUGUUAUUUAAAUUUAAAACGAGAUGGUAAUGGCGCGUAGCAUUUGGACGAUCCCUGAAGUUUGCACAAGUGACUGUACAAAAUAUUGUUUACGUUAUUGAUUCAGUGUUGUGACGUCACAAAUCUCAUGUAUCAAGAUAGCGUGAAUGUUCAAAAACAAUGAAUUAAUUCCGAUUUGCCUGUGAAAAAUCCGGUCCCUUUUAGAUUACUUUCUAUUUUUUUACUUGACUUUCAUGAACACAACUAUACCGUGAUAGCGUAUUACUUUUAUUAUUCGUCGAAUGACUUGAAAAAAUUAUAAAUAUGCCAAUAAAACUGUUUGA